CAGGGGUCGGGCAGGUGGGAGGGGGAAGCUCACAUCUCCGCCCUCUGCUGCCUCUGGGGGUAGGGAGCAUCCUAACCCCCAACUGUCCGGUCAGAUCCGCCUACUGCCCCUCAUCAGACUGCUACUCCUGGGAGCACAGCACCUGCUCUUUACACCUCUUCCUUGAGCUGCUGGGGAAUGGCUUUGCCUACAAAGUCUAGCAUCUUGGACCUGAGCUCCGGCACCCCAUGCACCAGAUCUCCAGAGGAAAGUCACGAGGCUUGGGCACAGUGCAAAGAUGCUGGCAGGCAGCUACCCGAGUACAAGGCAGUGGUGGUGGGUGCAAGUGGUGUUGGUAAAAGUGCUCUCACCAUCCAGAUGACUCACCAAUGCUUCGUGAAAGACCAUGACCCCACUAUCCAAGAUUCCUACUGGAAGGAAGUGGCCAGGGACAACGGAGGCUACAUUCUAAAUGUUCUGGAUACAUCUGGGCAGGAUAUUCACCGGGCUCUGCGUGACCAGUGCUUGGCAUCUGGUGAUGGUGUGCUGGGCGUCUUUGCUCUUGACGACCCCUCGUCUCUGGACCAGUUGCAGCAGAUAUGGUCCACCUGGACCCCUCACCACAAGCAGCCUCUGGUACUAGUGGGCAACAAGUGUGACCUGGUGACCACUGCUGGAGAUGCUCAUGCUGCCGCAGCCCUCCUUGCUCACAAGUUGGGGGCCCCCUUGGUGAAGACCUCAGCCAAGACGCGGCAAGGUGUGGAGGAAGCCUUUGCCCUGCUUGUCCAUGAGAUUCAGAGGGCCCAGGAGGCUGUGGCCGAAUCAAGCAAGAAGACCCGACACCAGAAAGCCGUGUGUAGCUGUGGCUGCUCUGUAGCCUGAAGAUCUUUGUCUAGCAAAUUGACCCUUGUCUCAUGUCAAGGUGACAAUUCUCUUGUAAUAAGAUUUCCCUCUCCGACCAAGUUACCACAGACAUCUUUUUAUUGUCAUUUGGUGAGAAGUUACGUGGUAACAUGGGACAUCCCUCAUUGACUGUGUUUUAUGAAACUCUAUGCAAAAUUAAAUAAAUGUUCUCAGGAUUCAAAGCUUCCUUUAUAC